GUCACGAUGUUUUCCAGCCAGAUAUUAGUUCAUCUUCAAGAGAAAUGACCUGGAUAUCGAAAGCUUUGUCAAAAUAUGGCGAAUCGUCUCAAUUAGCGGUUUGCGGCAAAUGGGUAGAAGCAGGGGGAAUUGAAGGAUAUCGAUACGCAUCCUCGCAAGGAGCUUUUUCGGCACUCAAUAAUAUAUUGAACAAUGAAGAUCUCAUGAAAAAAUGUGACUUGAAACCUGGUUUAACUGAUAAAACUUUCAUAAUACAAGGUUUGGGUAACGUAGGCAGUACCUUGGCAGAAAUGUUAGUACAGAAAGGUGCCAUUUGUGUUGGUGUCAAAGAUCACGAUGCGUAUUUAUACGAUUCCAAAGGUAUCGAUUUACAGAAAUUGUACGAACAUAAACAAAAAACCGGUUCAAUCCAAGGUUUUGGCAUGACGAAACCAGAAACUGAUGAUAGUAUCUAUAAAGAAAAAGUUGAUAUAUUAAUCUUCGCAGCCAAACAUAAAAGUCUUAAUUGUUACAUCGCCGAAAAUGUUAAAGCAAAAGUGAUUUUGGAAGCUGCGGAUUGUCCUGUAACUCCAACUGCGCAUAAAAUUUUAACCGGAAAAUCUCGAAUAGUAAUACCGGAUAUAUAUGCUUGUUCCGGUGCGACGAUCGCGUCUUAUUUGGAAUACCUUUCGAAUCUACAACAAAUAAGGAAAUUAGAUCAGCACAUUUUACGACAAUCACGUGAUAUAUACGGAAUAGCUAUAAAGCAAUCCGAACAAGCGAUGGCUGUUGGGUCAGGAUCUUCAAUUUCUGAGUCAUUUAUAACGAAAGAGGCAGUGGCUGACACUAUAGAAUGUGUACUGAGCGAUGUAGGAAAAGAAAUGUUCAAAUAUACAACUCAACUUAAAUUAGGCACAGAUCUUCGUUCUUCAGCGUACAUUGUGGGAAUGAAUAAAAUAUUCAACAAUAUUUACGAAAACAAGAAGUUUAUGUGAAAUAACAAAAAAUAUUCCCAUUUGAUUCGCAUAUAUUUAUACAAAAAUACAUAUACAUUU